AUGACUUCCGUCCAAUCUGAACAAGGAUCGGUCCCCGAACCCAGCUUUGAGAAUCCUUCCACGACUCCUCGCAUACAAGACAGUCCAAGUCCUACUAUGAAGCGCACUCCACAGGAUCUGUCCACUAAGCCCGAAAAUGGGUUCUUUGACCGCGAACCCUCGUUCGAGCCCUUCGGCGACAAUGAUCCUUCUUCCUUGGAUGGUCCCUCCGAAGACAAUAUUUCCUCCAUUCCCGUCAUCAGCGAGCCCGCGUCCCAUGAAAAAACAACCCUCUGGAUGGGCGAAUUGGAGCCUUGGCUCAAUGAAAUGUUUAUCCAACAAACUUGGGCCUCUCUUGGACACAACGUCAUUAUCAAGCUGAUUCAGAAUAAAUUCACCGGCCUAAAUUCCGGUUACUGCUUCAUUGACUUUAGUACACAUGAAGAAGCCAAAGCCGCCAUGGAGUAUAAUGGCAAACCCCUUCCCGGCACCAAUCGGUUGUUCAAACUGAACUGGGCUUCUGGAGGAGGCAUUGGCGGUCGUUCUUCUUCCAAAACUCCAGAGUAUUCUCUUUUUGUCGGUGACUUGUCUCCCGUCGUUACAGAACGCAUGUUGUUUUCCUUGUUUGCCUCCGAGUAUCCUUCCUGUAAAUCCGUCAAAAUCAUGACGGAUCCUAGCACCCGCAAUUCUCGAGGAUACGGCUUUGUCCGGUUCACCGACGAAACCGAGCAAAAGAGCGCGCUCACCGAAAUGCAGGGAAAGAUUUGUGGAGAUCGACCCAUUCGAGUCGGAAUCGCCACUCCAAAAUCCAAGGCCCAAGUCAUCAGUCCCGUUGGAUUAAUGCCCCUUAAUCUUCAGCCCAUGGGUUUUUACAAUCCUUCGCAGUCUAUGCCGCACCCCAUGCCCCAGCCCGUCCCCCAAUACCCUGAUGCUACCAACUCUACUGUUUUUGUAGGCAGCCUUUCCAAAAAUGUCUCCGAAAAUGACCUUCAUGCGCUGUUUCAGAACUUUGGUGAUAUCACGUAUGUGAAAAUUCCUCCAGGAAAAGGUUGCGGCUUUGUGCAGUUUGUGAGCCAUCAGUCAGCAGAGCUGGCCAUAGCCCAGUUGCAAGGAUAUCCCCUAGGUAAUUCUCGCAUCCGUCUCUCUUGGGGAAGAAACCAAAAUUCAUCGCUCAAUCCUCCUCCCGUGGUAGCUUAUCAUUCACAGGUUUCACCCGCUUCCGUGCCUGCUGCUCCGCUUUUCCCUACCGUUGGAAUGCCUGCCCAGGCUCCGUUCAGUCCUUAUGCUGCAAUGACCUCUUCCCCAUUACCGAUGCCAGCUGUCGCUCCUAUGAAUUUGGAAGUCCCCAUGCAAUCUUCCAGUUAUCUUCCUGAACAGGCAUACGCCCCAAGUCCGUCAAAUCCCAUGUCCCCCGGCGCCGUUACACCUAUCGACGACUCUUUUCCAGCUAUGAGACAAUAA